CUUUCAUUUUUCAGUCUUUCUCAUUUAACAAAACCAAAAGAUUUAAGUUGAACCAUGGAAUCUCACAACACCUUGAACCUAGACAUGGAGGAAAAUCAAGAAAAGGCUUUUGACUACUCCAAACGAGCUCAAUGGCUACGAGCCGCCGUGCUCGGUGCGAACGACGGUCUAGUCUCCACGGCUUCACUUAUGAUGGGAGUUGGUGCGGUGAAGCAAGACGUCAAGAUCAUGAUCUUAACUGGUUUUGCCGGUUUAGUGGCCGGAGCUUGUAGCAUGGCGAUCGGAGAGUUUGUCUCCGUUUACUCUCAGUAUGACAUAGAGGUGGCUCAGAUGAAGAGAGAGACCGGAGGAGAGGUAGAGAAAGAGAAGCUCCCGAGCCCGACCCAAGCGGCUGCAGCAUCUGCGUUAGCGUUUUCUCUCGGGGCGAUGGUGCCGUUAUUGGCGGCUGCGUUUGUGAAAGAGUAUAAAGUGAGGAUUGGAGUGAUUGUGGCAGCGGUUACGUUGGCGUUAGUGAUGUUUGGAUGGUUAGGGGCGGUUUUGGGGAAAGCACCGGUGGUUAAGUCGUCGCUUAGGGUUUUGGUUGGAGGAUGGUUAGCUAUGGCCAUUACGUUUGGUUUUACAAAACUCAUUGGGUCACAUGGUCAUAUGUAUGUGUGAGUUUACUGACAUGUGUGACCAAACUCACUCUUCUUCAUGUUUCAAUGUUUCAUGCUUCAAGUCUAUAAACUGAAGAAAAAAAGUGUCUAAAU